AUGGGAAACUGUAUUCACACAUUGCUCUGCAAGCACGGAAACAAAGUUGCAGAUGACUGGUUGGAUGAGGCAUCAACAGAGAAGGCCAAGAAGGAGUCACCUCGGGAGGCAGCUGAGCAAAAAACAGAGAGAAGGCGGUGCGUAAAGAUCACUCUGACUAGGAAGCAGCUCGAGCUGCUGCUGCUGCUGAACAAAGGAGCAGAGGGUAUUUCCUUUCAGCUCCCAGAGAGUUUUGGGAGCUGCAAGCGGAAAUGGAAGCCAUCUUUGCAGACAAUAGUAGAGGUAGGUGGAUAA